AUGUUGAGCUUAGCGAGGAACACGUGGGGAUUAGCCAAACAUAGGAUAAUACCUCAACUUACCUUAACUACUCUUGGUAUCUUUCCCAUUACAUUUCGUGUGAAAUGUCAUGUUUCACAAUGCUUUUUAUAUCUCAUAUCAUUUUGUUGUAACACUUUUAUUUUACCGUAAAUUAGAUAUCGUCCGAGAUACCGUAUUUUACCAAUAUCUCAAAUUAACUAUUGAAUUUAUAUUGUCAGCUGCCAAUAAAGUAAAAGGUGUUUUUCCUACAGUAACCCUUUAAUUCCAUGUUUUACAGCAGCUACAACUAUUCCUAGGUCUAUAGUUUACAGCAACCAAUUUAUAAUAAACUUACUAAUGUUCUAAGUGUAUGUUGUCUUUCUGCGACAGUCGAAUGCCUUAGGAAGUGAGAGCUGGAAAUAGAACCCCAUAAUUCUUGUGGUCUUAUUGUCGUGCCACAAAGUGACUGGGCUUAAGAUUUUACAGUAGAUUACAAGUCGAAGAAUACUUUUACUCUUUUGACAUUUUCUUGCUAAUAUCCUCAAUGUUAUAGUAGGUUUAUUGCACUUAAAACGACCUUAAUUUGGUUUAUUUUUAUAAAUUUUUGUUUUUUGAGUAGUGUAAGCUAUAUAUUUUAUUAAUUUAAGUCUAUAACGUUGAAUAAUGACUAUAUAUUGAAGAUAUAGCGUUUAGUUUGACUGUUAAAAUUGAACUUUAUGAACAGCGUUAUAUCUUUUAUACGGUAGAAUGUGUUCUUUACAAUUCUAGAGACUUUACACUUGAGUAGACCUAAAACUGUGAUUGUUAAUGCUCGUCUGAAUUUGAAUAAUUUUUAUUACGUAAUUUCAAUUUAUUUUAAAUAGAGUUUCCUGGACGUUCCAUACCGUUCCUUUUUCAAUAACGAGGCUGUUUACUUAUAGAAAGCUUACCAAUAGUAUUAUUUAUAAAAAGAGCUUCUAGAAUAUUUUAGGUAAUAUUAAAUUUGCUUUCAUUUCGACAUCCAAAUAAUUGAAAUUUUAUUUAUAAGCUUACUCACAGGCUAACUCAAUAUUCUUCUUUAACUAUAUUAAUUUUAUUUGCCAUUUCUUAUAUUAUGUUUGCACAUAUUUUGUCUCUUUGUGCACCAAUGCUUAUCCUCACUUCAUAUCUCGUAUAAUACCAUCGCUUAUUCAUUGACUAUGUUUUGUUAUACCACGGUAAUUCAAUUAUGUUUCAGUGAAUAGCAGAUUCCGAAAGCGAACAUCUACUUUCCCCGACCCUAAGGCCAAAUAUUCUCCAGCUCAUUCAAGGAGUUCGAACGCGGAGAAGCGACGCCUCGACCAGGAAAGACAUACCAACAACAACAACAGCACCAACAGCGACGACAACAUGUUGGGCGACGACAAAAAGUCUGGAGCCAAGAAGCGAAAGUUGUUGAGCAAGCUGUUCCGAGUAUUGACUUUGAAAGGUGAGUUGUCUUGA